GCAACCUUUGCAAGGUUCAAAGAACAUGGAUUCUGAAGUUAAACCGUCGAAGGUACUCAGUUAGGUUGGGAGGCUUAUAGCGCGAGACGUUUUGGUACCGGUGCGGUGAUAACUCGUUUUAUUGAAGUUUCAAAUUUGGAAUCGCAAAAAUGGCAUCGGCAGCGACGCUAGUCCAGCCUUCAGGAGAGAUGUGGAAGAAAAUCCGGGUGGAGCUGAACGAGGACGUGAACACCCGGGACCGCGACCUUGCUGCGAUCAAGGAGUGGCUGCGGAAGCAACCGCAUCUUCCUGAUCAAUGGGAUGACGGUCGCAUCAUGACAUUCCUUCGAGGCUGUAGUUUCUCAUUGGAAAAAUGCAAAAGGAAACUUGACAUGUACUUCACUAUGAGGGCAGCAUGUCCGGAGUUUUUCACUAAUCGAGAUGUGAACCGCCCAGAGCUAGCUGAACUGGUCACCAAAGUGCAAGGUGCUCCUCUACCCGGAUUGACUCCAAGCGGUCGUCGAGUUACUAUAUGUCGAGGUCUGGACAAGAACAUUGAUGCAGACCAGCUCAACAACGUGUUCAAGCUGGCGCUAAUGAUGGGGGAUGUUCGUCUGAAGGAGGAACUGGAAGGGGUUGGUGGGGAUAUAUACAUCCUGGAUGCUUCGGUGGUGUCGCCUAGCCAUUUAGCCAAAUUAUCACCCUCGGCAAUCAAGAAGUUCCUGAUUUGUGUACAGGAGGCGUACCCAGUUAAAUUGAAAGAAGUGCACGUCGUGAAUACAUCACCAGUUAUUGAGACCCUCAUUAAUUUCAUCAAGCCUUUUCUCAAGGAUAAGAUUAAGAACAGAAUUUUCAUUCACUCUGACAUGAAUACGCUAAAAAAUUACGUUCCAGAAGAGAUGUUGCCAGAAGAUUUUGGUGGUACUGGUUGCUCUUUGAAUGAAGUUAACAGUGCUUGGAUGAAGAAAUUAGAUGACUACACAGAGUGGUUCAAACAACAGGAGGCGAUCAAGGCAAACGAGGCUUUAAGACCUGGCAACCCAACUAAUUAUGAUGAACUUUUCGGAAUUGAUGGCUCCUUUAGACAGCUGUCUAUAGAUUAAUGACAACACUUUGUAUUAAGUAUCCAAUUUGUAACAUCAGAACAUAUUAUUUGGAUGUGUAUAGCCAUCUUUAGAUCAUAACUCUUAUACAUUAAGAUAAUUGUAAAUUAGGUAAACUUUAUGUGCAUAAAUUGGUUAUAGGUAAUCUUAGAUUAUUAAUUUUAAUUAGUCUCUCUCCUAUAUUGACCUUGUAUAAAGACCAUAUUGACGUAACACAAAUGCUUUGUGAUAGUUUCUCAUUUAAUACAAAAGCAUUGUUAAUAAUAUAAAAUAUUAUAUAAUACUAUUAUAAAAAUUUGAAUAAAAAAAUUCAACCGACUUCCAGCUCAAAAAAUAACCUAAACUAAAAAGCAAGAAAUAACUUCUUUCCUAUGUCCUACCUUCUGAUCAGUUUGAAGGCGGUGCCAAUCCAGUGUCGUGUUUUAAUUAAAGCCGUUUCUAAAAGAACCACAAACAUUUUGUAAUUUAAACGGCUUGAAUUAAAGCAUCACUGGCUUACAUACAUAAAAAAAAAACAUACAUACAGCCGAACGUAAAAAGGGGGAGGCCCUUUUUGGAAGUCGGUAAAAAAUAACCCUUGAUCGGUGUUGAGAUGAUCGUCAUAACUGAAAUAAAAACAGGAUAUUUAUUGUGUUCACUUUUGACUAGCACUAUAAAUUACUUAAUGUGUUAAUUAAUAAACUUAAUUCGUCUUGUAAUUAAUAAUACGAAUUUUACUUGUAGCAACAUAUUAUAAUAUUUACUAGGAGAGCAGAAAUUCAUUCAGUGUAUGUUGCAGCUGUUUCCAUUAAAUAAAAUAAAUAAAAAUAAAAA